AUGAAUAACGAUAGUGAUACUGCGGAACAGAUGGACGAAGUAAACAAUAACGAAAUGAACGAUGAAGACGAUUCGAUUGACGAAAUUUCCGAUGAAGAUUUACGAAGAAUGAAAGAUAAUGUUGAAACAAAUCCAGAAGAUUAUGAACUCAGGCUGAAAUUUAUAAGUAUAUUGAGAGCAGCUGGUGAACUUGAUGAUUUACGUGAACAACGAAAGAGUAUUAGCGAAAAAUUCACAAUGGCACCUGCUUUUUGGUUGGAAUGGAUUAGUGAUGAAUUUACAUGUGAAUCCAAUGAUGAUUUUAUGAUAAAAUUGUUUGAACGAGCUGUUAAAGAUUUUCAUUGCCCUAAUUUAUAUGUUGAAUUUGUGAAAUUUGCAUGCGGCGUUUCGAUUAAUUAUGCUAGAGAGAAGAUGGAAGAAAUGGUGAACAUAAUUGGUCUUCGUUACGAUUGUGGAUCAUUGAUUUGGAACAUUUAUCUAGAUUUUGAAAAAACGAUUCUUCAAUCGCUUUCUGAAGGUUCGAUAUCAGAAUCAGUGAAAAAUAACUACGAUUUGGCAUUGAAACGAAUGCAAGAAAUUACAGAUUUCGAACACAAGUAUGCCAAUACAGAAACUGUUGACGAGAAAAUAAAAUUAUUGCUGGACCACAUUGCAAAUUUAACACAAAUUAAACGAAGUGAUCCAGCUGAAAUACAAAUGUUAUAUGAACGCGCUUUAACUGAAAGUGCUUCGGAAUCUAACUUUAAUCUUUGGCUACAAUACGGGUGGUGGUUAGAUUACAAAUUAAAAAUACGUUCAGUAGCGCUAAACGUCUAUGAAAGAGCGAUUCGUCAUAGUCCAUGCGCAGCUCUUUGGCAGCAAUAUUUGACUGCAUUAGAAAGAGCCAAUACCAAAACGAACAUUAUCGAUUCAAAAUGGCCUAUUGCUUGUGAAACCAUAUCCACUGCCGAGGAAGGUACUUCGCUUUACAGGACAUAUAUAUAUUUGCUACGUAGGCGUGCCGUUUUACAAGGUGGGAAUUAUUCAAACGUACUGAAAAUUUUUGCGGAGGGUGCAAGUUUUUUACGUAGCAAAUUCGGUCAACAAUGGGAUUUACCAAAUGCAAAUUAUCGCAAGAAUCAUGCGUAUUUUUUGUAUGCGACUGUAAAAGACCCCGAAAAAGCUCGUAUUAUUUGGAAUGAUAUUUUAUCAUCUGGAUUUGGUUAUCUUGCUGCUGUAUGGUUAGAAGCUAUAAGAUUGGAACGUGUAUUUGGUGAUGUAGCUUUUGCUCGAAAGCUAUUUUAUAAAGCUAUCAAUUCCGUCAAUGAUCAUCCGUAUCAAGUAUUUGAAGCUAUGCUUCAAUUUGAACGCGAGGAAGGAUCUUUGGAAGAACUGGAUUUAGCUGUGGACAAAGUUGAUGCUCAGAUCGCAAGAAUUUCUUCUAGGCCAUUCAAGAAAGGUCGUGAUGAAUCUUCAGAUAAUUUGAGACAGAAAAGAAAAUCGCACGCAGCUAAUGACCUUAUACAGCAUAAACGCAUGCGAACUGAUCUGCAAAAUGAUAGUCAGAUGGCGAUGCAAGCUGCAACAAAAAAAGAAGAGAAAAUAUCAUCAAAUAUGGAAGACAAAAAGAAGAUUCUUGAUAAAGAUGGAUUUGCUGUUCCCACAUUGCCGUUGUUUAUUAAUGGUAAAGAUAAACAAGAGCUUCAUUCUUCAGAACAGUCUGGCAGUGAUAUUGCACAGUCUUCAUCCGAAGAAAAAUCGACAUAUACAGUUUUCAUCUCAAAUUUGGAUUUUAAAAUUGAAAAAGAAAAAAUCCAAGAAAUAUUCCCUACCGCAUGCGAAGUUCGAUUUGCUUAUAGAGGAGCUAGCAAGAUUCACAAGGGAUUCGGUUAUGUUGAAUUCAAAUCGGAAGAAGAAGCAGUUGAUGCGCUUACGAAAGAUCGCUCACUCAUUAACGGACGACCAAUGUAUGUUUCGGAGUAUAAACCAAACGAAAAAGGUCGACAAUCUCAAUUUCGUUAUCCGACUGGACUGGAAAAAAAUAAAGUUUUUGUCAGCAAUGUUCAUUAUGAAGCUACGCAAGAACAAAUCAAGCAAUGUUUUUCAAAAUUCGGUCCAAUCCUUGAUGUUCGUAUUGUCGUACAUAAAUCUGGAAAACCAAAAGGCUGUGCAUAUGUGGAAUUUGAAAGCGAAGAACAUGCAAACGAGGCUGUAAAGGAUAAUGGGCUAAUCCUUUUGGAACGAAAAUUAUCAGUGGCUUUGAGUAACCCUCCUAGAAAGGAAAAUCCGGGGCAGAAAUCAACUGCUCACCAACGAAGCAGAAUUGAUCUAAUUCCGCGUGCCGUUUCAAGGUCGAGUUCAAAUAUAGAUCUUUCUUCAUCAAAAGGCAUGUCGAAUAGCCAAUUCCGUUCAUUUCUGGAUAAUUAA